UUCAGGGUAAUUGACAACGCAACGAAUGGCAUUUAUUACACACAAGGCGGUAAUCAAGGCUGGAAAAAGAAUCUGAUCGUCGUUGUUGGGCCGAUGUCUUCACCAGAACUCUCAACCACGUCUACGAAAACCACAACGGCGAAUCCAGCAGUCACGAAAAAGCCUCAAUCUCCUCAGAAGGAAGAGAAACCACAACCCCUCGCCAACGGCGGUAAUCGGAUUUCAACGGGAUCAUCGAAAGGUUCCGAUUACUGGCAUAAGAACGCUGAGAGAAGAGACAGUGACAAACCAAGAGCAUUCUACCAACGCAACGAUAGAUACCAAUCGAGGAACCCGCACGCUCCUCCAAAACUCACUCCGGCCCAACGCAAGGCACGAGGUCCUCUUCCGGACUGGGAGGAAAUCCAGGAUGGUGAAGACAAUUUUGAUUACAUGAAUCUUAUGGAUUCGCAAUAUGCACAGUAUUAUGCAAUGUCGUCGAUACCGCCAUUUGACGGUGUCGGAGGAAUGGACCCACAAGUCUGUAGCCUGAUGAUAGCACAGGCACAGCAACAUAUGGCAGCAUUUGGCUUUCGUCCUACUAUUCCUCUCAUGCAGCCUCACAUAGUCGCACCUCCUCCGGAACCUGUUGGUGUCACACCGCUUCUUAUUGGUGACACUAUCAAUACGGCCAUACCAUUUGCCCCAAUAUACCCGACACAACCCCCAUUCGUGCCGCUUAACGACGAAACGUUGAAGGAUUGUGUUCGCAAGCAAAUCGAAUAUUAUUUCUCCGCGGACAAUCUCCAAAAGGAUUUCUUUUUGCGCCGCAAGAUGAAUUCAGAUGGAUUUCUUCCUAUCACACUUAUUGCGUCAUUUCCACGUGUUCGUUCUUUAACUCAAGAUCUGACACUGAUUUGUGAAGGUCUUCGGGAUAGCGAAAAGGUAGAGUUAUCCGAAGACGCAAAUAUGGUUCGGCCCCGCUUGAAUCCUACGGACUGGCCUCUGGCCCCCACAGUGCAUCCCGCUCAGCCUACUACAAGCCAAAGUGAACCUGUUGUCAGUACGGCAUCCGGAUCUACUACUGCUGAGCCAUCUGCAAGUCAGGUGAAGACUCAACAGGAGCAGCAAGCAAAGCAGAGCGAUGUAAGUAAUACGUACGGUAUUCCCACCACCGUCAAGGACACAAGUGGUGGAGAGCAAGAUUUGGAUUUCCAGUUUGAUAAUGAAUUGGAAAUUAGCGCAGGUGGCAGUGAAACUCCUAAACGGGACAAACCCUUAAAGGGUAUUCGCUUGAGUGCUGAUGCAUUCGAGGAAAUCGGUGAUGAUAUUGUUAAUAAGUUGAUAAUCAUGACGCCCAUGAAACGAACAUUGGAUAGAACCGGUGAUUUCACUUCUCGUUCCAAACAUCAUGCAGAAUUCAAUGAGGAGGUUGAAAUUGGUCUUCGAAGAUAUGAAGAAGAGCUGUGGAGUGCACCUGUCGAGAAGGAAGCUUCGCCGAAGAGUCCCAUGCAACGACGUGAAUCGGUGGAGCAGAAAGUUUCUCGUUUCUAUCCGGUGGAAAAGCCGGCGGCACUCAUAGAUGCGAAAUCCCCACGCAAACAGAAGACGAGGCAUAGCUCCAAUCCUCCUGUCGAAAUGCCUGUGGCAUGGGUUCUUGGACGUGACGAAGCACCUCCACCUGCCCCGGUGGGGAUCGCCGCAAGCAGUAGUCAGAUUCCUCCAGCACAUCCGUCGGUUUCUUUAUUACAAGAGGAUAAUUUUGUCCAAAACGUGUACUCUACAUGGAGGCAGUCUUGCCUAAAACAACGAAAAAGCCUUGGAUACGACUGUGCGGAGAUGAACACGUUAUAUCGUUUUUGGUCAUUCUUCUUACGAGAUAAUUUUAAUCGAAAAAUGUAUGAAGAGUUCCGUCAACUCGCUCUUGAGGAUGAUGAAAAAGGAUUCCGAUAUGGUAUUGAAGCUCUUUUCCGCUUCUAUAGCUACGGGCUAGAAAAGAAAUUCCGACCGGAAAUUUACAAAAAUUUUGUGAAGGACUGUAUUGCCGAUGUGAAAAAUGGGCAGUUGUACGGUCUAGAGAAGUUCUUCAUGUUCAUGAAACGAUGUAAAAUAGCCAAACAGCUCGUUGUCGAUCCAUUCUUGCAGAAAGAACUUGAAAAGUAUAAAACUGCCGACGACUUUUAUAUUCAAUACAAAUCAAUUUGA